AUGAAUACAUCCGCAAAAGUACUGUUGAUAUCGCUGACGGUACUAAUCUGCGGCUUACUGUACACCCAAAACUCCCCGCAAGUUUUCGACUAUGUGGUUGUCGGAGGAGGCACAUCGGGGCUCGUAGUAGCCAACAGACUCGUGAAGCGUGGCGCUUCAGUUCUCGUACUCGAAGCAGGUCCUGAUUCUGCGCACCGUGACGCGGUGAAUGUUGCAGGCAUGUUCGGCUCAACGCUGAAUUCCGACAUCGAUUGGAAAUAUGACUUGGGUUUGAGCAUCCCAAUGCCGCGUGGGCGCACUCUAGGUGGUAGCAGUGCUGUAAACUUCCUAUUGUGGAAUAGACCGGCAGACAUUGAAAUAGACGCUUGGGAGGAGAUGGGCGCUGUAGGCUGGAAUUGGGAUAGCCUUCUCGAGGCGAUGAAACAAAUUGAGACAUUUCACCCUCCCUCCGAACAGAUUAGCAAACUGUUUGGGCUGGACGAGCAAGUGGAUUCGCAGCACUUCGGCUCUUACGGCGGAAUUCAUCUGAGCUACCCACGCUUUGCAACAGAGGUAGAUAAAAAGUGGCUGGAGUCAAUGAAGAGAUUGGGAAAUCCCUCUAACGUGAACUCAGCCAGUGGUGAUAAUGUUGGAGCAACUGUGUCACCUAUUACAAUGGACCCUAGCGACUUUUCAAGAUCAUACUCCGCAUCUGCGUUCCUCAAACCUGUGCGACACAUGUCCAAUCUGACAGUGUUGGAUGGUGCGACCGUGUCUCGGAUCCUCACCGAAAAAAAUUCUGACGGUUCAGUUAGGGCUACUGGGGUAGAGUAUAUACACAAAGGGAAGCUGCUCAAUGUUGGCGUGCGCAAUAAGGCGGUGUUAGCGGCGGGGGCUAUUUCAACACCGCAGGUAUUGGAGCUGAGUGGUAUUGGAGACAGAGGGAUACUAGAGAAAUAUGGAAUCGAAACGGUAAUGCAUCAGCCUAAUGUGGGAAAAAACUUCCAAGACCACACAUACUCAACCUCUGUAUUCGAAUUAGACAACUCGGUGCGGAGUAUUGGUUUAGUACACUCCGACCCAUCGAUAGCAUUGGAAGAACUCACCAAACUGCGCUCAAAGGAGCUCUCUCUUCUCGAGCAGGCCAAUGUUUGCGUUGCGUAUCUCACACCUGAACAGAUACUGGACGACGACGACAAACGGCUGCUAUCUGAGCUGAUGAAGGAGAUGGAGACAUACCAGGGCGAAUACAAAGAACAAUACGAGAAGCAGCUGGAAUACCUUAGAAGCGGGAAAGUGACGCAGAGUGAAUACAUCAAUGUCGGGUUCUUCGCUGAUGUGCACCAUGCUCCAGAAGCUAACAAGACGUAUGCCACACUACUUGCAGCCAACCAGCACGCAUUUGCGAGAGGUAGUGUGCACAUAAAGAGCACCGACCCAUAUACACAACCUCAUAUCGAUCAUCAGUAUCUCUCACAACCUAUCGACGUGCUACUACAAAAAGCUGCGUUGAAGUACACGCGCAAGAUAGCUGGUCAGUCUCCACUGAGCGAGUUGGUGAAGAGGGAGGUCAUACCAGGACCGCAAGUAACCAGUAAUGCAGAAUGGGAGGCGUUUGUGAGGGAAAAGGUAACUGGAGAGUAUCAUCCUAUAGGCACUGCGAAGAUGGGCAGAGUAGAGGAUGGGGCAGUUGUGGAUAGCAAAUUGAAGGUGCAUGGUACGGAGAACAUACAUAUUGUUGAUGCGAGUGUGAUACCACUACACGUUUCUGCGCACAUCCAAUCGGUAGUCUACGCUAUAGCGAGCAGGAGCACACUAUACCUCUAA